UUUUGGGUAAUUCUUACUCAGUAUCGUUUGGAUCUCCUCCGAGUAUAGUCGGUUACCUAGGUAUCGCAUUGAUAACGGACUGUGAAAGUGUCUCGACUGCAGAGUCUCUUACAAGCGAUGCUUACAUUUAGCACUGGGAACAUUCUUAUGUUCGUUUCUGGGACCGCUCUGACGUGGUCAUCCCCAGAACUCCCGAUCCUUUCAAAUGCCACCACAAGUCCCUUCAAGAGAGCCAUUACAAGCGAAGAAGCCACAUGGGUCUCGUCACUGGUAACUCUGGGUGCCGUUGCCGGUCCCUUCUUCUUCACGUACCUUGCAGACAAGAUGGGAAGGAAAUAUACCCUACUAUCAGCUGGGGUGCCCUUUGUUGUUUGCUACGUAAUGCUUGCCUUCGGAAAGAUAGUGGAACUUUUCUACGUAGCCAGAUUUAUACUUGGUUUAACCGUGGGAGGGGUAUUCUCUGUAUUACCCAUCUACGCUGCAGAAGUUGCCGAUAAAAACAACAGAGGUUCGAUUGGUUUCCAAAUGGGUUGUGGAGUGUGCAGCGGUCUUCUUUUUUCUUGCGCUCUGGGACCUUACGUCAGCGUUAUGGUCUUCAAUUUGGUACUGGCAGCUUUCCCGUUGAUGUUCUUGAUACUAUUUCCUUUCAUAGGAAAGGAAGUACCUCACUACUACAUCAGCAUCAACGAGACGGACCUAGCUAAAGAAGCUUUGCAACGAUUAAGAGGGUCACAGAGUAACAUAGAUGACGAGUUGGGUGAAAUCCAAAGGAAAUUCAAGGAAGAAGAACAAGGUUCUUUUUCGGAAAUAUUUAGGUCCAAAGCACUGAUAAAAGCCUUUUUAACCUCAGUAGGAUUAUUGAUAUUCCAGCAGUUCUCAGGGAUCAAUGUAGUGUUAUUUUAUGGACAAAUAUUAUUUAAAGAAGUAGGUGCUAACCUAGCACCAGAAUUAUGCACCAUUAUUAUAGUUGCUAUGCAAUUUAUAAGCAGUUUCAUAGCACCUCUCAUAGGGGAAAGGUUGGGGAGAAAAACUAUCCUAAUAUUUUCCGCUGUUGGUAUGGCCUUGUCAGACGCCUCACUAGGAGCCUACAGCUACAUUAAGGGCAAGGAAGUUGUGAACAUGGAAUCUGUAUCCUUUCUACCAUUGUUGAUUAUGAUUGUAUUCAUAGUCUCUUAUAACAGCGGGUACGGUCCGCUACCUUGGGCUAUACUAGGGGAACUUUUCCCUUCCAGGGUAAAAUCCAUAGCGACAUCCGUUGCUACUUCAGUAAACUGGCUCCUGGCUUUCUUGAUUACUAAACAUUUCGAAUCGAUGCUCAGCGCUUUUGGUCUAGCUGAUUACUUUUGGUUCUACGCCGCAUGUUGCAUUGGUGCAGCUCUGUUUGCCAAGUUUUACGUUAUCGAGACGAGGGGGAAGAGUUUACAGGAGAUCCAGCUGGAAUUGGGUAGAUAGUAAUGUACGCAUCGGCGACAUUUUUUAAAAUAUUUUAUUGUAUCAAUAAAACGUAUUUAUAUAUUUUUUAUAAUAAAUUAUUGAA